UUUUUCUCUUUCAUAUUUUUGUCUCGGUUUUGUUUUUCUCUUUUAAUUGUUUCAAUUUCUCAUUAAUUGUCAACCGAUUAAUCAUCUUCUAUACUUAAUUAUCUAUUCUAUUUAAGAACAAUGGCUAAACUCGUUCAAGUGAUGUCCAAUUUUUACCAAGAAUAUAAAUCAACAACACCACAGAAGCUUAAGAUUAUCGAUGCUUAUUUAUUUUAUAUUUUUCUCACCGGUGUAAUUCAAUUUGUCUAUUGUUUAAUUGUUGGUACUUUUCCAUUUAAUUCUUUCCUUUCUGGAUUCAUCUCAUCAAUAGCUUCAUUUGUUCUUGGUGUUAGCCUUCGGCUUCAAGUUAAUCCUGCAAAUAAACACGAUUUUGGUGAUGUCUCUAAUGAACGGGCUUUCGCUGAUUUCAUCUUUGCCCAGAUUGUUUUACACUUGGUGGUAAUCAACUUCAUCGGUUAAUUUAGAUUUUACCUUUAAUAUCAAUCUUGUCAACAUGGUAUGAUUUUCACACAUGUAAAAAAGAAAAGUCUAAAUUAAAUUUUACUAUAAUAUUAUAA